AUGGACUCAAGACAGUAUUCAUCGUUCACUGAUGUCUUACGGGGGAAUAUUAAUAGUGAGGAUGAACUUUUCGGUUUAUCUGAAAAUAGUCCUGUGUUAGUCCAAGAUUCUCCAAUGGAUGAUGAAGUUGCCACUUCUAAGAAAAAAACAUCACGUGGUGCCGGCUUUAGUCUUGAGGAAGACAAGCUGCUUGUAGCAGCAUGGCUCAAUACCAGUGUCGAUCCUGUGCAUGGUAAUGAGCAACAUAAAACAACGUUUUACGGCAAGGUUGCAAAAUACUUUAAGGACCAUAGGACUGACUCUACGCGUAGUAUUUCAUCCCUAACAAGCCGAUGGGGAGUGAUUAAUAGGGAAACAGUUAGAUUUUGUGGUUCCUUAGCUAAGAUUGAAGCAAAGAAUGAAAGUGGAACCACUGCUGAAAUGAAGAUUGAGAAAGCAAGGGAAUUGUUUAAAGAAUUAUACGGUUACUUUUUCCUAUAUGAACAUUGUUGGCAAAUGUUGAAGGAUUUUCCCAAGUGGGCAUCUACUAUGCCUAGGGAAGAUUCAAGGAAAGAAAUGCCUCAAACUCCAGAUUCAAUAGAUUAA